CAGUCAGAAUCGAGCAUUCAACAGCACUGAGGUAUAAAAGGUCAGUUGUGAAUGGUUUGUGUUCUUCUUGUAAAUUGGUAUUGUAAUGCUGUGGGUGUACAUGAGGCUGCUUUUCAGCAAAUAAAGAGUGAAGGAGAUUUUAGAAAAAAGUUGUGGUCAGAGCGCUUCCGCUCUCCUGCAUCUAAAACACAACUGAAGUGUUUCCUGACUGAAGCAGAACGAUUUCAGAGUGCUUCUUAACAGAUUUCCAGCGUCAGCAUGACAACGGUACUUUGGUUCUAUCUACUUGUGUGCUGUGGAGCUGCAGAAGCUUUCACAGAGAAGUCGGUAGAUUUGGGACAAAAUGUGACUCUAAAGUGUCAGGUGGGUGUAAGAGAUGUGUUCUGGUUCCUGAUCAAGCCAUCAGAAUCUCUGGUGAUUAUAUUACGCUCUUACUCGAUUAUGGCCCUAGAGCCAAUAUACAGUAACAUGACCUUCAGCAAGAUAUACUCAGUGCAAUAUAACAGCAGUUUAUUUAUACACAAUAUCAGUACUAAUGAAUUAGGAGUGUAUUAUUGUCUUCGAACUGGUUCACCUCCCGACAUCGGCAGUGGAAUCAGACUUUACAUCCGGAAUCAUUCAGCUGAUAAUCGGACAGGCAGCAAAGAAGCCGUCCUCUUGCCGAUUCUCCUCAUAUCAGUUAUAAUGAACUUUGUUCUGGCCGUUCCAGUUGCAGUUCGUCACUGCAGAAGACGUCCAAAAACUCGAGCACAACCUUCAAAUCCUGGUUUACAGCCGCGUCAGGACAGUACCGACCAUGUGUACGCCGAGGUGCAGUUCAGCACGACGAACGGACCCGUCAGGACGGCUAACGGACCCGUCAGGACGGCUAACCUCGACAGCACGUACGCUCUUGUAAAUCUGUGACCCCGAGUGACCCCACGCAACACCUUGGACCACACGUGACGUUUCAUCAUAUUCAUAAAGAAGGCCCGUUUCUGCAGCUUCCGUGUAUGGACAAUUCGCAAAUGAUUCGUUUGUAAAAACCAGAUGAACUGAUUCAUGAGCAUGAACAAAUCUUUUUUAUUUUUAUUUUUUUAAGGCCUAAAUUUAUAGAAGUGCUUUUGUAGAUGCUGUUCGAGUUGCUAAUCAAAAAACCCACAUUGUUAAGAGUCACUUAAUGAGAUGAUUUGGAAGAUUCGAAUCACUUAAGUGAGUCAUUGGACUGAAAUGAGUCAUGCUUCAAACCCUGAUAAUGUUUAGUAGUGUUCCGACUAGAGUGUCAGCCAUUUUGAGAAACAUUUUACAAAAGGCGGCAGGGGGGUGAGGGUGGGGUUGGGGGGCCUAGGCAUUGUCGUCUAUCUCUCGCAGGACAAGAUAUUUUCCCAUAAUGCCCUGACAGUGUUUCAGUUAUGCUGCAUUUAGACUGACCUCGUUAGUGUAGGAAGUUACAUCAUUUUCAACCUCUGUGCAUUCAGGCUACAAUGUGGGGAAAACCAUGGACGCCUCCAUGCCAGCUAACUGCGAUGAGUAUAGAAAAUAUCUAUGAAGUGUAAUCAAUAUAUGUAACUAACAUUUGGAUAUGUUAAUGAAGUGUAACCAACAUUUAGAAUUAUUACUUAAACAUAAUCAAAUAAUCAAUAUUAGUUAAAAAGCAUAAUCUAUAUGCAUAAUCAAUAGUUAGAAGCAUAAUCUAAAUCCAUAGAACAAUGUUUGAUCAAGUUAUAUUCUAAGUGUGUGUUGCGUUAGAUGAACUCUGUGUCUUACUGUACACUAAUUGUUCUUUCUGUACCAGCCGGUAUCCUCCUCCACAGAAGCAGAUAUAACUUUGAGGCCGAUACCAAUUAAUGAGCUAGGGUAAGGCUUGGGGAAAAAAGGCGAGUGUGGAUCAAGGUCAGGACACAAGCCUGUGUGAAACCUUUUUUUUUUUUUUAAAAAAAAAGAAACAACCAUGACCUCAUGAAAUCGUAACUGCACAUGCUUCACAAAUUUAAGACAACACAUAGAUAUGAAUAUUUAUUUGUGGCAAAGAAGAUUGGUCUGUUUUAAUGAGGAAAGGCAAAACCCCACCUACAAUGACUACACAUGGAGGAAGGUAUAUAAAAUGCUGUGUGUGUUUGCAUAAUUCGGACUUUCUGCAGACUGUCACACUUUAUUGUUUCAAUACAGUUUAUUUACUUUUUGACAUCUACUAAACUUUCUGUCUCUGAAGUUUUUGACUUAGGCUAAAAAGGUUGAAUUAUCCAUGACAUGAGCGAUGUAUAUUCACCUAUAAAGGCAGUGUAUAUAUAUUUUAACAAGCACAUAUGUCUGUAUGUUGAUUGAUCUAAAGCAAAUACUUGUAAAUACAGUAAUAUACUCAGGUAAAGGUAAGAAAUUGUUUACUGAUGCUGAAGCAGCUAUAUUGAUUUGCCCUUACUUGCUGAACUCGGGGUCGAGGAGACGAGUCAUUGAGCAGGAAUUCUGAGUCGAGGGAGCGCUUACGUUCAUUUUUUUUCCUAGUCAGAGAUCGGAAAUGACAAGUUGGGACCUUCAGUCAAACGCAGCAUUAGAUUACAGUGUCACAUUUAAACGACUGUGCAAUGAAAUAAAGUCUUAUAAAAUAUCUUUA